AUGGCACUUAUGGCUCACUACAACGCUAGAGAUCAAAUAGACGACGAAAUCCAUCAUAUCCCAGACUUACGUACAAAAAGAUCCCUUUAUUUCGAUUACGACUUUGAAGAAAUUAGCGAGUAUAAAAGGGAAAUUCGUGAAAUCGGCGGCGAAUUAUUAACGAAAAAUCGAAAAAUACGAAGAAAACGGACUGGAAAAGAAUAUUUUAUUGAAUUAUUAAUCGUCGCCGAUAAAACGAUGUUGGAGUAUCACAAAAAUAAGGAUAAUUUGGUUCAUUAUAUCUUAACGUUGAUGUCACACGUUUCGUUUUUAUUUAAAGAGGCGACGAUAGGGAACCCUAUUUCGCUUACGGUUGUUAAGAUAUACAUCGACACAGUUACGGAAUACAAAAAUUUAUCGUCGCAUCAGCGAUUGAGCAGCUUUUGUAAAUGGCAGAAGAAUAAUACUUUAAUUGGGGGGUUUCAUGAUGCAGCUCUUUUAUUAACACGGACUCCAAUUUGUGGUGACAAAGAAAAAACAUCUUGUCACACUUUGGGAAUUGCGGAAGUUGGCGCGAUGUGCAGCGACGUUUCAAGUUGCGCUUUGGCCAAAGAUAACGGGUUAUCAACUUCUUAUACAAUCGCCCAUGAAAUAGGACAUUUAUUAAAUAUGGUACACGAUGAAACUCUCCAUUGCACUUCAAUACCCGGCGGGCCGCACAAAGGGAUCAUGACGAAAUCGUUAACGAACGGCUCAACACCCUGGAAAUGGUCUUUAUGUUCGAAUCAUUACUUAAACGAAUUUUUGGAUUCCCCUCGCUCAUCAUGCUUAUUGAGUCGAUCGAGUAAUAAUCAUAUAAGAUCCGAAAUGAAUAACAGUUUACCUGGGGAAUAUUACGAAGUCGAUCGGCAAUGCGAACUCGGUUUUGGACUCGGAUCAAGACUUUGUUCUUAUAUGCCCUCCGACGUUUGUAAAGUUCUAUGGUGUACAAAUAAUAACGCCGGUUGUCAAACCCAACACAUGCCAUGGGCUGAUGGUACAAAAUGUGGACACGAAAGUUGGUGUCAUAAUCGGGAAUGCGUUCGAAAAGAUUUAAGUUCGUUAACACCGAUAAAUGGCUCAUGGGGACCAUGGAAAGGAUGGGGAGAGUGUUCGAGAACUUGCGGUGGGGGAAUUGCAAUUUCGAAACGUUAUUGUGACUCCCCGCCCCCGGAAAACGGGGGCUCUUAUUGCAUAGGAGAAAAUACCCGGUAUAUGUCUUGUAAUACUGAAGAUUGUCUACCAAAUAGUCCAGAUUUUAGGGAAGUUCAAUGCGCUGAAUUCAAUGGAAAAACAGUCGGAAUUUCGGGAUUAACCAGCGACGUGGAAUGGCUCCCAAAAUACGGAAUAAAUUACCUAAAAGAUGGUUGUAGAUUAAUGUGUCGCGUGAAAAAAACCAACCUCUAUUACACGCUCAAACAGAAGGUGAUCGACGGCACAAAAUGCAGCUUAAACAGUUUCGGAAUUUGCGUGAACGGAGUCUGCGAAAAAGGCGGUUGCGAUAACAAGUUAAACUCAAACGUACAAUUAGACGAGUGCGGGAUAUGUUUCGGCGAUAACAGCACGUGUCAGGAAAUAAAAGGCAACUACAAUUACAGCACUUACAACGACGAUAAUCACGGAUACACGAAAAUCGUUCGCAUUCCGCGCGGAAGUUUCAACAUUUACAUCGAACAAAUCGCGUUCAAAAAUAACACGAAAAACGAUAGUUAUAUCGCAUUAGCAGAUGGCCAAACUGGGAAAUACUUAAUCAAUUACGACUUUAAAAUCACAACAUUUCCAAUGGACCUUUUUUACAACGGGAUUAAAUUGAGUUAUAGCGGCUCCGAAAACGUCAUCGAAACAGUAACGAGUGAGCGACAUCAAAAACUUCAAAAAGACCUCAUUGUCGCCGUUUUAAACGUUUAUGGAAACCCCCCAAAUAUUUUUUAUAAAUACACCAUUGAUAAUGAGAUGGCCCCGAAAUACGGGUGGCAUCUUUACGAGGGUAAUUGGACCGAAUGCGAUCGAAUCUGUAAAGGAAAACAAACCAUGCUCCCGGUUUGCGUCAACUUAGAUAACGGAUAUCACGUCGAUUCGGAAUUUUGCGCAAAUUUAAACUCGAAUCAUCUUAAACGCGAGAGGCGGUGUAACGAGGAUUGCGAAUUAAUUUGGAAAGUUGGAGGUGUUGGGAAUUGCACGGCGAGUUGCGGGGAGGGGAUCCAACAAAUUUAUUACGAUUGUUUCCUCGUCGAAAAUGAACGUGAUGAGAUGAAACGAGUUGAUCGUGGUAAUUGCGAGGUAAUCCCAAAACCUUCGCAACGAUUCGAGAAGUGUCAUUCUCCGUGUGAAUCAAAACGAGUUUUAAAUCGUUGGAUUUAUGACGAGUGGACGGAGUGCUCGAAAAGCUGUGGCGGUGGAAUGAAAAGGAGAAAAGCCAGAUGUGUUAAUUUCGCGAAUAAUGAGACGAUUGAUGAUUUUGAUUGCGAUCAAUUAAUGAAAGAGGAUGAGGUUGAGAGUUGUAAUAACGAAAAUUGUCCUCAUUGGGAGUAUGGGGAGUGGUCUCAGUGUUUAGUUCCGUGUGGAAAAGGAGUCAGAAUUCGCCCCCAUUAUUGCGUAAAACAAUCCCAACAGGUUUCAAACACACUUUGUAUCUCAAACGAUUUAGAAAGUAUUAAAGAACAUUGCCACGUCCCAAAUAAAUGCGAUUGGCACGUCGGGCAAUGGUCGAAUUGUUCCGCAACUUGCGCCGGGGGCGAAGGAACCGAAACGAGAUCAAUUAACUGCCGCGCCCCCGACCGAACCGUAAACGACCACUUUUGCGACUCAAACUCCAAACCGGAAUCAUCGAGAAGAUGCAAAAUUUCCCGCCACCAUUGCGGCGAACAAUACACCACCUUUAGAAUCGACAACAACGAAAUCUUAAACGAUUAUUACGACGAGUUCAAAUGGGUAUUAGGCUCAUGGACGAAAUGCUCCAAAUCUUGUAAUGGCGGCGUCCAAUCGAGACAAGUCGUUUGUCGCAAUGAAAAGGGAUUCACGCAUGCGCAAAUGUGCGAUUUAGGGGUAAAACCUGAGGAACAUCGGCGUUGCAAUGAAUUUGAUUGCCCGAAAUGGGUUCAGGGGGAGUUCGGGGGUUGUGAUGGAAAUUGCGAACAACAUCGUCAGGUUAAAUGCGAAAAUUAUGAAGGUAAUUUAGUUCCUAACAUCGAUUGUGAUGUAAAUACUCAACCCAAAAGAACAAUAAAAUGCGAAAUUUGUCUUGGAAAUAAGAAGAAGCAUCACCAUAAUGAUUUGAACGCGAGGAAAUUUUUGAAGAAUUAUAAAUGGAAGAAAUCAGCUUGGGGGGCGUGUUCGACAAAUUGCGGAAAAGGAACCGAAAUACGCAAAGUUUCCUGCCGGGAUAUUCACAGAGAUGUAGCCGUAGUCGAUUCGUAUUGUUCAGGGACGAAUAGAAAGCCGAAACACGCCCGAAUUUGCGAACGUUACGACCCGGUUAGCUGUAAAUUUACUUGGGUCGAAGGGUCGUGGUCGAAGUGUUCGAAAUCGUGUAAUGAAGGCGUCAAACACCGAAACGUCACCUGUCAUAAUGUGACAUCCGGAGAGGUCUCGCGCGAUCCCGUUCACCCCGGGAGAUGCGACGAAUACGCCAAGCCUAAAGUUCAGGAGAAAUGCUUGGAAAGGAAAUGCGAUGAUAAAUUUAAAUGGGUUGCUGGAAAUUAUACUAAG